AGUGCCGUUCAUCACUCGUCCUCUCGUCUUCCAUUUUUUGUGCUACCGGCUAACUUGCUAAGCAAGUGGUCUCCAUCAGCAGGAGUCGGAGAAUACUGCAGAUAACACAGAAAGGCAGUCAAAUAAAAAGGCUGUACCUUCUCUUGUGAUUUGGGGAGCUUUUACACACAGAAAGCUGUUAUAGGAAAGGCGAUACAAUGUCCGAUUUUGACAGCAAUCCGUUCGCAGACCCGGAUUUCAGCAAUCCCUUUCAGGAUCCUUCAGUGACCCAGGUGACACGGUCUGCCCCUCCUGGUGGUCUAGAGGAGUAUAACCCUUUCACAGACGCCAGAACGGCAGCACCUGGAAAUGCACCCAAAGCUACUCCUGCCCCCUCUCAGAAUACGCAACCUGCCAUCAUGAAGCCCACAGAAGAGCCACCAGCUUAUUCACAGCAACAGACUCAGGACCAAGCACGUGCUCAGGCUGAGCUGUUGAGAAGGCAGGAGGAGCUUGAGAAGAAAGCAGCGGAGCUGGAUCGUCGGGAGAGAGAGUUACAGUCGCAUGGAGCAGCAGGAGGGCGAAAGAACAACUGGCCUCCACUGCCAGAACGGUCCCCUGUUGGCCCUUGUUUCUAUCACGAUAUUGCCGUGGACAUUCCUGUGGAGUUCCAGAAGACUGUCAAGAUUAUGUACAACCUCUGGAUGUUUCAUGCAGGGACACUCUUUGUGAACAUGUUUGGCUGCUUGGCGUGGUUCAUUGUGGAUGCAACUCGUGGUGUAGAUUUCGGGCUAGCCAUGCUCUGGUUUCUACUGUUUACCCCGUGUUCUUUCGUCUGCUGGUACAGACCGCUUUAUGGGGCUUUUAGGAGUGACAGUUCAUUUCGCUUCUUCGUCUUCUUCUUCGUCUACAUUUGUCAGUUUGGAGUUCAUGUUCUACAAACUAUUGGCAUCACGGGCUGGGGGACAUGUGGCUGGAUCGCAGCUCUGACUGGUCUGAACACCAGUAUCCCAGUGGGCAUCAUCAUGUUACUGAUUGCUGCUCUGUUCACAGCACUGUCUGUGGGCUCACUCAUAAUGUUUAAAAAGGUGCACGCACUGUAUCGUACCACUGGUGCUAGUUUUGAGAAGGCCCAGCAGGAGUUUGCGACCGGCGUCAUGUCUAAUAAGACGGUCCAGACCGCCGCGGCAAACGCCGCCGCCAACGCUGCAACCAACGCCGCUCGCGGGGCCUUCAAACCUCAGCCGUAAACAGACACACAACGUGGCACACACGCUCACAUAGAUAAGGAUGCACACACAUUGAGGAGAUGGAGAGGGACAACUCUGGCCCGGCUAGCCCCUUACCUAACAGACUAUAUUUAUGAAUGUUUUUGCCCUGCGCACUUUUCACAUGAAGUGUAAAAUAAAACGAUGGACAAGGGACCAGAGUUGCUCGUCUUCACCUAGAAUCAAACAAUAGAAAACACACCCACCCUGUCUGCUUUGCAGCCAGGUGACUGUUCACCCACAUCCUUCAAAACAUCCACCAAGUGUUGCAGGGCGUGCUCUGGGCGUGCGGGAGUCCCUCCCACGCGCUGAAACACCCCUUGGCUCUCCUUGUCCUUCCGUCCCCUCUGAGGUGAACCCAGAUCCGGGGGAGGUCGCAGCUCUAGCAUACCUUGUUUUUGUGGUGGUGAUGACCUCAAAACAGCCUCCUGCCUGACAAAUUCAGUGUAGAGUCGUGAAAAGUGAAAAUCCGAUCGUGGUGGUUUGCACUUAGUUCUGUUUCUUUGCCCACUUACUGAGAGAACAGUGUUUGGUUGUUUGUUUAUUCGGUGGGCUUCUGUGCGAAGCUGUACUUCUCCUAAAGAAAAGCGUGGCUCUGGUUUUUAUUUGUCUUUAUUUAUUUUGAUUUCAUCAAUCCAAAUAAUCCAAUGGGAAUUGAGGUCUGAAAGGUAAACUGUACCUUGUUCUAUAUCUGUGCUUGUGUAGUGAGACAAAUGCCAUUCUUAUAUGAUAAAAACAAUAUCAUAUUUAUAGAAACGCGUAUUUAAUUAUUAAGGACCCGUCUGCAGCAACACCUCUCAGCUGAAUAACUACUCCUGCUCUGUGUGCUAGUUUGAUUGGGUUGGUUCAGCAUCUUUAGGUUUGAUAGCAUGACAGGAACAUGCAUGUUUGGCACACGCAAGUUGGCAGAAUCUUCAGCACGGUCAAUCUGCCCUCUGCCUUUCUUCAGGCUACAGCAGUGACUGGUUUUAAGGGGGAAUGUCCGCCACCUUGUUCUCUCUCCGUUUUGUGUGAGAAGUGGUUGCAUGUUCUCGUAAGCGUUCUGAUCAAUGGCAACGGUUCAGCUCUCGACUUCAAUGGCCUCCUUAAUUCAGCGUGUGGAAAAAAAAAAAGUGAAAUAUCUAUUUCCUCUUUUUUGUGGGUAUGGCAUUAACGCAACUAUGUGGCUGUAUGUGGCUCUUCCGGAGUUGUUUUUGUAGCUCUUCACACUUGGUUUGAAACUAACGCUGCUAUAUAACUUGGAGCUGUUUGGUCACAGCCUCCUGCUGUCAUUAUUCCUGCAGAGAAGGUAACCCAUCACACAUAUGGAGAACUGAGAUGCCUUUCCUGACAGGGAGUCACCUGUAAAGUGAUUAAGCCACAGAUUGUUUUGUUUUUUCCAGAGAUUAACCUGCAUAUGUAAGAAAAAACUAAAGACUGAUACUGUGUAUAUGUACACCUCAUUCUCUACCCACCCACUACCAUACAGUUUCCCAUCAGUAAUAAGGAUUACUGGAGUUUCUGAGUGAAAUUUUGUAGCCUACAUGAACAUUACAGUAACGGGUGAUUUGGACUUGGACCUUAAGCCAUAUCACCACUAAACAUUUAUUUAUAAACAGUAUAAUAGUGUUACCCAGCGCAUUAGUUGUACAGACCACAGUGACUGAAGUUUAAUUUGGAUGUGGGCUUUUUGUUGUGCACUUCAUAUAGUGAAUUGUCUGAACCGAAUGAUAGAUUAAUGAUAUCUGCAGGUAUUGCAGGAAUUAUUCCCUAAAAUUUUAGGAAGUUGAGGGUUAAGGGGGUCUCACAACAAUAAGCUCUCAUCUGGGCAGUAUUACUUUCUUUGGAAAUAUUUCAGUUCAUUGCACAUCGUUUGUUUUACCUUGAACUUACAGCAAAAUGUGUUUUUAUUUAUGGUGUUAUUUAAUUUCUCGGCAUUUCAGUUUCCUUUGGUUUGAUCUUUUGUUGUAGCUCUUUUUGUCUGUAUGGUUUUGGAACGACUUGGUCAUAGUAUCAGCUAGGCUGCAAAAGUUCGGGGACUUUGCAACCCUGAAAGAGGUGUACUUUUAUGAGGAUGUGUGUAUAUAAUUGGUGUGAAAGUAAAAAAAAAAAAAAACUCCAAGUGUUAUUCAAUGUCCUGAAAAGCUGUGAGAAAUCUACCAAAUGUCCAUCUAGAUUUGUUUUCAAAUCUUGCAUUGUGAUGUGCUCCCAUCCGUCUUAUUUUAAGUUAUUGCGAUACUUUGCUGCAUACACCUUUGUGAUGACCAUUUAUCUCUACUUUUAAACCAUUGUUUUUUUUAAGCCAUGCUGCAGUGGGUAGUUUCCUCGAUGUAUGUGGCGAACUGGUCUGCAGUACAGAAUAUGUUUUGAAGUUUGCUAACACAAAACCGUGUUUUUUGAUCUGUGACCGUGUUAUUUCACUGAAUCAGAGAAGAAAGUCAUUCAAAAGGGACACUUGUAUAUUUUGUAAAGGUUGAUCCCCAUUAUCAAUAACAUGUAAAAAGAAAAAAAAGUAAUGCACUUCUGUCUGGCCUUUGUCGCAUGUGAAAUAGUUUGAGUUUUGUAUAUUUAUGGUAUUAACAUGAAAUAAAAUUUGAA